AGCUCAUUCAAGAACAAUACUGAAAUCAAUGCAGGCACCUGAUGCAUGCAUUUAGGCCAACCUGCUGGAAAACCGCGAGCUGAAUCAGAUUUUGUGACUGUUAAGUCGGCCUCUGUGUCCGGAGCUACAGGGUUGACUGCAUGACCUCACCUAACUAAGAAACCUCCAUCCUUCAAGAACAGAUAACUGAAGCUGGACCACUUUUCUGCGGAAAGCGCUGUGCAACAAGCUAGCAAGAUGGCCCAGGCAUCUUGGGGACACGGCCCGUGUCCCCGGUUCGACAGCUGCGGCUCUGGGCUUCACCACACUCCGGCCCCUCCGACAGCGGAGAAGGCAGCAUCCUACCCUGCGGCUGGACACCCGCCCGCCGGGCUGGGCGAGUGCUUCCUGGCGGCGCCGGGAGCUGCUUGUCCUGUGCCCGCCAACAAACGGAGGAUGCCGAGGUCAGCCGCGGCUCCCGACACGUUUCCUCCGGCAGGUCCGGGGGAGGACCGUGGGAGUGGGGUCAGCGCUGGAGAGAGACGGCGCGGGCAGCAAAGUCCAGCCCAAGCCGGGGCCGAACGCCACCGCAGCCGCGGGGCAGGGGCAGCCCGCGCCCCUCAGCCCGCCGCCGGCAUGAGGCGGGCCGGGCCCUGGUGCCUGCUCCUGGCUGCGGCCUGCGCCCUGGGCCGGACCCCGCCGCCCCCGCGGGCCGCCGUGCGCUGCCCGUCGGCCGGCGCCUGUUUCAGCGCCCAUCUCGCCAACGUCUCGUACGAAGACGCCCGCGACGCCUGCGACCAGCGGCGGGGCAGCCUCGCCUGGGUCAGCAGCGAGCCGGAGCUGCACCUGCUGCUGGAGCUGCUGGCAGAGACGGCGGUGCCCGCACCCGCGCUGUUCUGGGUCGGGCUGAAGAGGAACGCCUCCGCCUGCACCCACAACGAGCACCCGCUUCGCGGCUUCUCCUGGGAGGCCGUCGGGGGCGGGACGGCCCCGCAGGAGGUGCCGGCGGCGCUCGGCCGGUGGCUGCAGGAGCCCCUGCGGUCCUGCCUCACCGCCCGCUGCGCUGGGCUGCACCUGGCGGCUGACACCGGCGACGGCCCCAGAUGGAGCUGGAAGGAGCGGGUUUGCCGGCGGAAAAGCCCGGGCUACCUCUGCAAGUACCAGUACGAGGGUGCCUGCCCCGACCUCAGUCCCGCCGGCGCCCUCGAUCUCGACUACCGGCUCCCCUUCGAGGAGCGCAGCGGUGGCCCCGGCUUCAGCCCCCCGGGCACCGUGCUGACGGUGGCGUGUCCCGGCGGAGAGGUGCGGUUCACCUGCCAGCCCGAGCCGAGCGGCUUCGCCUGGAAGACGGCAGAGAAACCCCUCUGCCCCUGCCCUUUCGGCCGCAGGAGCCCCGACAGCGGGCGGUGCGCCGAGGCCGCCGGGUGCCGCGAUGCCGCCGGCGACUUCGCCUGUGCCAGCAUCCCAGGCGGCCCGCGCGGCACUCCCUGCCCGGGCACGGGGCCGGCCCCCACCGCUGCAGGCGGCUCCGCGGAACCGUCGGGUGCCAGGGCGGAGGGGCGGCGUCCUUCCAUCCCGACACCCGGCGGUUCCACGGAGCCGCCCGCCACCGCCACGGCCGCCGCCGGCGGAGAGAAGACGGCUACUCCGCCGCCCUCCUCCUCUUCUUCCAACUACGUUUUCAUCCUGGUGACGAUCGCGGUGGUGGUGCUGGUCAUCCUGGUCAUGACCGUCCUGGGGGUGUUCCAAAUCUGCUUUAACAAGAAGUCCGAGGGCCGCGGGGACAAGGAGCCGCCGGAGGCCGGCAGCAAGGCGGAGGCAGGCUCCGCGGAGCCCAGUGGAGCAGCGGGGAGUGAAUAGCCCCGGACGGGCGAGGCCGCGUCCCUCCGGGCUGCCCUGAGUGGCCGCUGCCGCCCAGGCCAGCGCUCGGCUCCCCGCGUCCCUCCUGCUCUCAGCUGUGCUGCCGCAGGGAGCCGAGGGAGAGGCGCCGCGGGACUUCCCUGGGCAGGGCUUGGAUGGACAUUAUCAGACGCAGGAGCUCGUAGCGACGUUCUUUUGAGGGGAUUGAAGUCUUUGGAUGGUCAGAGUUUUUGUCGGUCUGAAAACCAGUUAUUUCGAUGCUGAUUUCACUAGAAUAUAAAUAGAUCAGCCUGGCCAACAGAGCGAUUGCAGCUGCAACCAUUGUGCAUUUUUAUCCUCUCAGAAGCUGUUCGUCGGGUGCCUUACUUGGAGCAAGCAUAAAGUGGGCCACUUUGAGCAUUUGCAUCUCGUAAUUUAGAAGUCACUCCUUGCCUGAGUUGUACUGGGAGGAUCUAAUUUUCAAUCUAACUGCUGGAACUUUUGGAGAGGUGAACUUCCAUAAUUUUGGGUGAAACUGCAACCUAAUAUGGAUUCAUACUGACAUUCUUAAAAAAUGAAAGAGCAUUUCUAUACUUAGAAAGGCAUUAAACUGCUGAGGAAGUGAGAGGUUAAUGGGGACUCAGUUUCAGCUGACGAAAAGAAUAAAGGAUGAUGUAAAUCA